CCGUGAAGAGAAGUGUACGGUUUACACAGCUGAAGAGCGAGUGAAGUUCAGAGGCGUUCACAGUCACACUCUCGAUUUCGGUUUUGUUUCAGCAUGUUGCUUGGCAGGGACAGGAAAGUGAACUCGCGGUAAAGAACGAUGAGCACGUGCCGUUGGUGUACCCCUUUGGUCCUGAGUGCUACAGAGUUGCUUCAGAAAUAUUGCAGUGGACAGCUUUUAGCUGAUGAGGAGCGAGCUCUCAAUGAGGACCUCUGCUUCUGCCUGGACUGUGUGGUGGAAUACCACAGAGCGAGAGAUGAGCUUCCAUCGCUGCACAAGCGGCUGUGGGAGUUGGAGAUAUCUCGUCUCUUGGCUCGCUUCUCCCAGGUGUCUGAGGAGGAGUUGGAGGAUGACUUACUCAUUGUGGAAGAUGAACAGGAGAUACAUGUCCCAAAGAUCACAGGAGCUGAAUUUGAAAACUUUUUGCGGGUCCCCUUGACCGAAGUUUUAAGGUACCCCUACUUAAUGGCACAUCCAAAACUAUGUGACAUGUGUGUGGAUGCACUCUGUAAGAUGGAGAAAUCAAACUCAUUACAAGUCUUUGAAAAAUUGCAGGGGAUAUACCUCCUGCUGGUACACCCCAAUGAAGAGGUAAGGCGGUGGGCAAUUCGCACUGCCAAAUCUCUGGGGAAAGUGGACAGAGAUGACUUUUAUGACCUUAAGGAUGUCUUCUGCAGCAUGUUUCGUGUCCUUGAUCUUGACCUCUUCCACAAUUCCGAUGUGUACAGUUACAUUCCGGAGAAUAGCAAGAAUGCUUUACUUCCGCAUCAUCUUUAUGAUGCAAAAAACCCCAAAGAUUACUGGCUAGGAAUAUGCAUGCUUCUAACCCAGCUGGAUGCUCAGGCAAUGGACUCAUUGUUACUGGGCCCAGACAAGCAGACUGAAAUUAUCCAGUGUAUUGUUAAAACAAUGGAGAACACAACUGAAGAUGAAAGCUCAGAUCCUUUCUGGCCAUCUCUGCAGUGUUUCAUGGUGAUACUGGAUCGUUUGGGCUCCAAAAUUUGGGGUCAGCUGAUUGAACCUACCUGCCCUUUCCAGACAAUAACGGGGAGCCCCAGUUACACUGCUGAGAUUGAAAACAUACGUCGGAACACAAUGUUUAAAGUCAAAGUUGAAAUGGAGCCUGAUGAUGACUUUGUGACAUGCAGUCAAAUAAUCUAUGACUGUAAUACUAAGGAAAAACAGGCCAGUGUUAGAAGGUCAAUGAGCACCCAAGGCAGCAGUGUCAUUUAUGAGGAGAUGCAAUCCUUGGUCAGUGUGCUACAGUUAGACAUGGGCAAGGACAUGCGAGUUCACAACAGCACCUUCUUGUGGUUCAUCCCUUUUGUCCAGUCUGUGAUGGACCUCAACAAUCAUAGUAUUGUUUACAUUGGAGAGAUCAUCCACUACCUGUGUGAAGAAAUAAAAGAUCUGAUCAGUGGAAGAAUACAGACCUGUGACAAAGUAACAGAAUUCUUCACCUUCAUCCUUGUAUUCAUUAUCGAGUUGCACUUAAGUAAGCAACGUAUGAAUGUACUAUAUUACAGUGUACCUAAGUGGGUGGAAGUAAUAGUUAAAUGUGCCUUGUUGCCUAGUGCAGCCUUCAGUCGUGGCUUUGACAGUGGGUCACAUUGUGUAUCCUCUACCACUUCUUCAUCCUGGAAUUCCAGAGUGAACACUGCAGUCCCCCAGGCAUGCAUGCAGAUAAUACGGUCUCUUCUAAGAGAGGGUGGCAAACUGUCUUCACACGGGAAAGCUAUGCACUAUCUGAACUUGCUUAACAAGCAGAUUCGUGAAGCUCCGCAGAAGCAUUGGAAACUUGAGACCUUCGAGGCGAAGGAACUACAGAACUGUUUAAAACAGCUUGUGAAGUUGAUGAAAGACAACCAUUCCGCUACAGCUUCAAACACUGACAGUGUAAGUACAGAAAUGUUGCCCCCUAAUAGCAGUAAUGAUAGUUUUGGCUCCAAUGAAGACUGUAAACAGCUUUUAAAAAAGGAAUCAACUUGGGAUAAUGUUCACUGCAAUCUGACAGAACAGAACAACAAUUAUAAUGUAAACAUGAAAAUGAUGAAAAAAGAACCAUUAAGUCCUGAGCACAACCAUAUAGAGACAAAGGCAGAAGUAAAACCACCUUUUCUGCUCUCUGGAAAGUUUUCUGACCCAGGAAAGCUACAACUGAUCAAAUCUAAACUGGGACCUUCACUUCAAUCCAAACUCCAGGGUAUUGCAAAGCAGCAGUCUGACUGUAACAUUACUAAUGUGUCAUCUGAACAACAGUCAAUCCUUGACAGAUCUUCCAUAGAACAUUGUGAGAAUUUUGCUGAGUAUGAAGUCGUGGACACCUCAAUACCCCUGUCAUCAGAUGUUAAGAGGAGUGAAAAGCAGGUCAAAAAUUUGCCUAGUUCUAUUAAAUCUGAUGACAGUGAAAAUAGUGACAAUGUUCCUCUCUCCAUUUUAAAAGGCCAGCUAAAAAGAAAACAAAAGUUGAAACAUACAGAUAUUUGUGACAUUAACAUAAGUGAAAACUGUCCUGUUGGCUCCAGUUUGGAUUCAUCAAAACCGCUUAGAAAAACAAAGCCGAAAGCAGCCAGUUCUCAAGUGAACUCAGAUUUGAGGAUAGUGGAACCAAUUUCAGAUGUGAUUGUCAUUUCUGAUACAGAGUCUAUAGAGAAUGAUGACACUUCAGUUUCCUGGAAAAAAGAAACUGAAUGCUUGUUUAGAAAGGAAAUUGUUACUUUAAAGUGUGAUUCUCCUAAUCAAGCUGAUACUGGAAAGAAUUCAAGUUACACUGAUGAUAUAAGUGAGUAUGACUCCCAGUUAUUUGAAUUUGAAACUCAGGAUGAUAUGUUUUCGGAAUGGACUGAUUCUCAGAUCGGUUCUGGUGAACUGGCUUCUGCAACUAAAGAAACCAGUCCAGGAAGUAGUAAACCAAAGAUGAGUCGUGGUACAAAACCAUGUAGUACAUUGGGGUAUGAUACAGAUCCUAUUUCUGAUGAGAAUUUAGAAAAUGUCCUUUUGCGAAUUGAAGAACAGCAGAAAAAGCAGACUGAUGCUGUAGUGCCAAAGAGAAAUUAUGGUAAAGGAACCACUUCUACAGCUAAAGCUUCCUUUAUAAAAAAUGGUGAAGGAAAUACAUUUAAGAAGGGAUUGGGGAUACUUGACAAAACAGAAAGGGAAACAGAGAAAUCUUUGAGUACUAUUGGUUCUAGGCAAACUCUCUCUUCCAGAACCCCUGCUAUCGUUCCUCCUAAGAAAGAGCGAAAGCCCGUGGAGCCUGUCUCCCCUGCAGAGAAGCUGGGUUUGAUAAAGAGAAAACGUAAAGCCUUUGAGUUUUCUCAGAGAUCCACGGCAUGUAUUAAAAAGCUGAGAAAGCAUGGGCAAGGGGUGCAUGUGGAGCAGAAGCAGUGGACUCAGAGAGGAAAAAAGUCAAAGUUGAUCACUCCUCAGAAACUGAACAUCAGAGGUCAUAGAAAGUUACUAGCUUCUCAAGAUUUACAAUAUUUCAGGCAAAGUAGAGGAAAACUUCAUUCACUGCAUAGCGAAGCUGAAAAUAAGCUAACUGCAGAACGGGGACCUAUGGAAACAAAAUUGCCAAAGAUUUCAAAUACGAAGAUCCAUAUUCCGAAGCCAAACGUGGCUGACGGCGAGGAUGUUUUUUUACCCUCGCUUCCAUUAAGGCAUGAUCCUAUGACUGACGGAGGAGCAAGAACUGCGGGUCAAAGCUUACAAGAUAAGCCAUCUUUCUCAGAAAUAAAUUCCACUGAAUCCAGACCAAGCUCAUCAACUAUCAUAGAAGAUGAAAACCUUCAUGCUGAUCAAGUACAGUCAUCAAAAUCUUUGCUGACUAAUUCAUUGAUUGAUGCUAUUACAAGUACUGUUAAUAAUAAAUGCGAUGAUAUGAGCAUUGCUCAAGAAGAUGGUGAUACUUCAGAUCUCACACAAAAUGAUCCUGUGGAUAUGGAGAUAUGUUCACAAAUGGAGGAAGAGGAUGAUAUUUUCCUAACACAGAGAGACCCAGUAGACAUGGACAUUGACCUUGAAAGUCAAAUCUGUCCAGAGAACAAGUCAGAGGAAAGAGUAUCUACAUCUCAUCCAGGUGAUGACCACAUCUUCUUGAAGCCUGGUAUCUCGCCUUCACCAUUGAAAAAAUCCAAGCCCCCCACCACGAAGAUAUAUGCUUCAAGUUCUAGAAGUGAAACUUUAGUCCAAGAAAUGAAGAAGACUGCUUCUAAACCACUGCCUGUUGGGGCCAAGAGCAAGAUUCGCCCUUCAUUGCCUGUAAAAAACACAAGCACACCUCAGUCUGACUCCAGCCUGUUUCGACAGCUUGUGCCUUUGACGACCCCGGUUUCACUCCGCCCCCACUCGUUCCAGAGUGGUCCUGUUGGCUCUUCUCUGCAAGUCCCUACAUACAAGACAUAUGCAAGACCCGAGGCUCCAGUUGUCAAAGCUAUGCCACAUAAUGACACUGGCCCCAAGUUUGAUCAGGCAUAUCUCAUUAAGGCAAUACUGAAAUGGAACUAUGAGAUGUUUUUUAGUUAUUCCCAGUUUGGAAUUCCAUCAGAUUUGUGCCAUUUCCAGCUUAAAGAAGUUGCCAACAACUACAGAUCUUAUGAUGAGUACUUUGGGACCUUCUACCCUUUGUUACUGAUCAACACUUUUGAAGAGCUUGUUAAUGAAUGGAUGAAAAAUUCAGAUACAGGAAGAAUUCAGCAGCAUUUACAGGUCAUUGGGAUUGAAUACAGCAAUCGACUUUGCAGUGCCAGUUUUACAGCCUGCCUUCAGGACCAGGAUGCAAAAUAUCAGCAGUACCCCAAGGAAGAUGACCUGGUCAUAUUGUGGCUUCCUCAAAACAAGAGUGCAUGCCCUUACGAUAUGCCCCACCUGCAAGAACCCCAAGCUCAUUUUGGCUGUGUUUCCCGAUCUAACCUGAUAAGUGGGGUCAAAAACAUUCUGAACAUCACCAUCCAGACUUAUGGCAAUGUGUCAUCUGUCAACAACCAGUCUGUAAAGUGUGAACUGGUAGGUUCCUUGGUGAGCGCCAUCCGGGAGUUCAAGGCCCUGUGCUUCUUGAAGAACAAUCCCAUGGUCAGAGCACUCCUUGUGCCCCAUGUCACCUUUUUCCGACCGGGACCGGACAGGAUUUUGAACCUCAGUUUACCUGACUACAACCCCGAGCAAAUAAAGGCCAUCAGUUGUGGGCUGUCUGUUGUGAGGGGGCAUGACCGGACUCCGAAGAUCUGCCUUAUCCAUGGUCCCCCAGGAACAGGCAAGAGCAGAACCAUUGUAGGUCUGCUACAAAGACUCUUCUCAGAGGGUGUGGAAAACCUUCGUUCUACAAGCAGCUGCCAUACCAGAGCACCUAAGCUCCGGGUCUUGUUGUGUACGCCAUCUAAUGCUGCCAUAGACAGCCUAAUGAAGAAGAUCAUUCUGGUGUUCAAGGACAGCUGCCGAGACCGUCAGAACCCACAGGGUAACUGUGGGGACAUUAAUUUAGUACGGCUUGGGCUGGAGAAGACAAUUUCAAAACAUUUAAAGCCUUUCAGCCUUGACAACCAGACAAGAUCCAGAACUCGAAAAGCACAACAUGGGCAUGAUGUAGAUAUCCAGCGCAAAGAGCAGCUUGAUCAAUGCAUUGAGGUUCUCUCACAGAAGGUUGCAAUGGUGGAAAAGGGCACUGAGAUGUUUCAGAAGCUGACAGAUGAGAAAUACAAACUGCUAAAAGAACGAGAGCAACUCGGUCGACGGCUGAGAGAGACCCGCAGCAGAAGGCAGGAGACACAGGCAAAGGUGCUACAGGAUGCCCACAUCAUCUGUUGCACCCUGAGCACCAGCGGGAGCGUGCUCCUAGAGUCUGCCUUCCGGCGCCUCGGCCACAAACCCUUCAGCUGCGUCAUCGUAGAUGAGGCGGGACAGGCUACAGAAACUGAGACACUCAUCCCUCUUCUGUACCGCUGUCCUGCCCUGAUUCUGGUGGGAGAUCCAGAACAGCUGCCGCCUACUGUUGUGUCACAGACAGCAAAGGAGAAGAGAUAUGACCAGUCUCUGAUGGCUCGUCUGCGGAAGUGCCUCCAUGGCAUGGGGAAAGGGAACCCCCAGAUGAACAACCCCGUCAUAUUCCUUAACCGCCAGUACCGCAUGCACCCAGACAUCUGCGAGUUCCCCUCCAAGUAUAUCUACAACAGAGAGCUCAUGACUGAUGAUGAAACGGCACAGAAGAGGUGCGCCGUUAACUGGCCCUUCCAGCCCUACAGACUCUUUGACGUAACAGAUGGUCGUGAGGUCAAGGAUGGCGACUCAUUCUACAACCAAAAGGAGGUGAGGCUGGUGAGGUUCCUCCUCAAGCUGAUUGCAGAGAAGCAGGUGGGCAAGGUGGGGGUCAUCACGCCGUACAAUGCACAGAAGCACAGGAUUCUGGACUCCAUCAGCGCCGAGUGGGGCAGAGAGGAAAACCGGAACUUUCAGGUGGAAGUCGACACAGUGGAUGGGUUCCAGGGCAGAGAAAUGGACUGUGUAAUUGUGUCCUGUGUGAGAGCAAGUAGUGAGUUAGGCUCAAUUGGGUUUCUUGGGAAUCGUCAGAGAUUGAAUGUGACAAUAACAAGAGCAAAAUCCAGCCUGUUCAUACUGGGCCACCUACGGACGCUUAAGGAACAGAAAGACUGGGGUGCUUUGAUUGACGAUGCCUGCAAGAGGGGCACCAUCAUAAAGACUAGUGAGAAUUACUUCAGGAAACAUGCAAUGCAGAUCUUCAAGCCGGAAGGUCUAAGAGGUUUAUCCUCAAAGGUGCCGAGCUUGCCCUUUAGAGUCGGCAGCGCAGAGGGUGGCCCUUUCCGCCAACGUGCUGAAAGCAUGUGUGCUGCCACCACCUUCGCUGGCCGUGCUGAGGAUCGGCCUGCUCCCAUCCAUAGCCACCGAAUGUCAGACCCUCUGCCCCUGUGUGAUGUCAAGAAGGCAUCGGCCCCUGCUCAGCCCCCUGUGAGGCCUACUGCAGCUGAGCGACCCCGGGACCCUCGUCUGUCUGUGUGGACUGAAACAUCAACUGUCUGGCCACCCCAUACCAGGUCAGAGGGUCAUGACGAUGCUGUGUCCCCUCAGGAUCCUGCUCCACUCCCCCAGGACCCUUCCCCAGCACCUGUAGUGCAGUGCAGGAAAGAACCAUCCCACUUCUCUGGAUAUUCAUCUAGCAGGGAGAGACACCAGCAACCCCAGCAGAGGUCAUAUGAGUGGGGUUACAGGGAUCCACGUCAGAGUGGACCAGACAGGCAGACCUCAUCCGGCUCAUCCUACCCCUCCCAGUAUCCCUAUUCCCAAAUGAUAAAGCGAUCUUCCGAUAGCCAAUAUACUGCAGCCCCCUCCGCCAAGAGGCAGAAGUGACUUUUUAAAUUUAAAAAAAAAAAAAAUGUUUUCUCCUUCAGUGAUUUGUCUUCCAGUUGGCCAGAAUUUGAGGUAGUCAUCUUCCGUGCGUGGGUUGCAGUGACUGCUUGGACUCUUUGAGUUGUACAUAUAUGCAACAGAAAUACUUUUGCACGACUGCAAAACCUCCGUUCUCCAAAAAGCAUUUCUGUCCGUUUCUUAGUUUUUGGCAUCCUUUGGUGGGACCUGUACCUUGACAUCGCACAGCCUAGAAACAUUUUCCUUUGCAAGAAAUGCCCCACAUUAACUUGUAGCCAAACACCAACAGAUGGCAGUUAAUGAAAAAUUUAAGAGAUUUGGUAUUACAUUAAAAUGAGUAUUUCAUAUCUGAAGAACUGCUUUAAUACAUAUUAGGCAUAAAUACUGAUUUAACAAAUAUGACAUUUAUUGACCUUAAAUUUAUGCCUCCGUAGCUAAAGUUCCCUUUAAUUAUUGGAUUUUUUUUGAUUGUGACUCGGCCCUUUACGACCUGGUUUAAGUGUAUUUUCAUGUGUCUUUUU